AUGUCGGACACCACGCCAAGCACGAAGAAGGGCGACGGCCACGCCGAUGUCGAGUGUUCCGCCGCCACAGCGGCACCCCCGUCCGCCAACCCCGUGUUCGUGGACGUCGGCUAUGGCCCGGAAGAGGUUAUCAUGGUCGCCUGGGCACCGCACGACCCCGACAACCCGUUCAACUGGUCGUCUGCACGCAAAGCCACCACGCUCGCCGUCGCCCUGUUCAUCUCGUUCCUCUCCACCGUGAUGGCGUCGAGCGUCGGCAUCAUGGCGCACUGGGGCCCAGAGUGGUUCCAUACCUCGCACACGGGGUACAUGCUCAGCAUUACGACGUACCUCGUGGCCAUCGCCUUCACGCCGCUCGUGCUCGCGCCGCUGAGUGAGGUGUUUGGGCGUAACGCCAUCUACCAGGUGACGAGUGUGAUCGCCGCGCUCCUCUUCAUACCCCAAGCCCUGUCCCACUCGCUCGCCGGCCUUCUCGUGUCGCGCUUCUUCCAAGGCAUAGUGUGCAGCGUCGGCAACUCGAUGGUCGGCGGCACCAUCGCAGACCUGUACACUGCCCAGCACCGCGGCGUGGCGAUGAACGUCUUCACGCUGGCCAUCUACGUCGGCCAGGCGGGCGGCGCCGUGUUUGGCUGGGUCGGGAUGCGCUGUGGCAUCCAGUGGUGCUACGGCAUCCAGGGGCUGUGGGCUGCGCUGUCGUGUGUGCUCAACGCGAUUGUUCUGCGGGAGACACGCGCAGACGUGAUCCUGUCCCGGAGGGCGAGGCGGCUCACGAAGCAGACGGGGGUCAAGUACCUCGCCGCCGCCGACCUGCAGCACGAGAACUUUUGGGCCCUCGUGUCCCAGUCGGCCACGCGCCCGCUCAAGUUCCUCUUCACCGAGCCGAUCGUCGCCGCCGUCGCGCUGUGGAUCGGCUUCUCGUGGGCGACCAUCUGGCUCGGGACGUCGUCCACGCUCCUCGUGUUCGGGCAGUACGGCUGGAGCCCGGCGUGGCAGGGCAUGUCGCUGCUCAUCAACCUCGUCGGCGGGGUGCUGGGCUUUGCGUCCAACUUCCACCAGGAGUGGCUGUACCAGCGUGCGCGGCGGCGCGGCGGAGGCCACGCGCCGCCGGAGGCACGCCUCUACUGGGCCGCGUAUGGCGGCCUGCUCUUCCCCGUCGGCAUGUUCAUCUUCGGGUGGACAGGCCAGCCGCAGUUCCACUGGGCCAUCCCGGCGACGUUCCUCGCGCUGUCCAUGUGGGGCGUGUACGCAAUCUACAGCGCGGUGUUCACAUACCUCGCCGACGCGUACGAGACCUACUCGAGCUCGGCACAGGCCGCACAGAGCUGUGUGCGUAACCUCUUCUCGGGCCUGUUCCCGCUCUUCGCCAACACAAUGUACAAGCGCAUGGGAUACCCGAAAGCGACGACGACUGUGGCAUCGGUCGGGACGCUGCUCUCUGCCGCGCCGGUUCUGCUCAUCGUGUACGGUGCGCAGCUGAGAGCACGGAGCAAGGUCGCGAGCGCGCUGACCAAGGGGUAG